AAGCACAAUCUUUGACCCAUAUGAGAGGCAGUGGCCUGAAUCCUCAGCUGAAGAGGCAAAGCGGCUGAAAGCAGCAUGGGUGGGGUUUGGCUCCUUUUUUGUGUUGUAGGGCAGCUCAAGCCUUUUUCCCUUGCAUCUUGCAGGAGGCUCUGGAGAUGUUGCUCUCGGGGGGGCCUCCAACAGCUCAAGACCAUCCCUUGGCUGAUUAUCAUUAUGCAGGCUCUGAUAGAUGGACAGCUGAGGAGAAGGAGGCCUUCCAAAAGGCUUUCCACACCUACGGCAAGGAUUUCCAUCUCAUCCAGAAGCAGAUCCCAAGUAAGACCGUGGCACAGUGUGUGGAGUACUACUACUGCUGGAAAAAAGAGCAGAAACUUGCCAGCAGCACUCUUGCUCAGACUGUGGGCAAACGGAAGAGGAGGAAAAGCCCUCCCAGGAAGGAGACAGGGGAGACCGGGAAGAGAAGCCGCAAGCGGGCUGGCAACGGAGUUUGA